CGCGCGGCCGCCAGCGCUGCCGGCUCCGGGCCAUGGACGCCCCCGGGGCCCCGGCCCCGACCCCCGCCCCGGGCCCGGUCAGGAAGGAGCUGAAGAUCGUGAUCGUGGGCGACGGCGGCUGCGGCAAGACUUCGCUGCUCAUGGUGUACAGCCAGGGCGCCUUCCCCGAGCGCUACGCCCCGUCGGUGUUCGAGAAGUACACGGCUAGCGUGACCGUGGGCAGCAAGGAGGUGACCCUGAACCUCUACGACACGGCCGGCCAGGAGGACUACGACCGGCUGCGGCCCCUGUCCUACCAGAACACGCACCUCGUGCUCAUCUGCUACGAUGUCAUGAACCCCACCAGCUAUGACAACGUCCUUAUCAAGUGGUUUCCUGAGGUCACGCAUUUCUGCCAUGGCACCCCCAUGGUGCUCAUUGGCUGCAAGACAGACCUGCGGAAGGACAAGGAGCAGCUGCGGAAACUCCGGGCCGCCCAGCUGGAGCCCAUCACCUAUACGCAGGGCCUAAGCGCCUGCGAACAGAUCCGAGCCGCGCUCUACCUGGAAUGUUCUGCCAAGUUUCGGGAGAAUGUGGAGGACGUCUUCCGAGAGGCCGCCAAGGUGGCCCUAAGCGCCCUGAAGAAAGCACAGCGGCAGAAAAAACGCCGGCUCUGCCUGCUGCUCUGAUCCCAGUGCCAGUGGCCUUCGUGAUAGCACUGACAGGGCCCGGGUCCCCAGGCUCAGACCGUGCCUGGGAUCCUGCCGCGUUCCCAACAACUCUCUGACAACCUGGUGUCUGGGGCCUGCAGCUAGACUCUUGGAACAUUCUGGAACUCUCUCCUUUCCCAGCUGGACCACAAGCCCAGCUCCACGCUUACACUGGAGUGUGGUAAUGAUGAGGGUGCUGGAUUCUCCUCCCUUUGUACCCCAGAGCCAGCGUUUGUCCCCAGGCCUCUGGAGUGCACUCAUCACAGCCUCCACCAGCCACGUGUGUGCCCCGCUGCAGACCUGACUUAUGCUUAAAAGUAAAUCUACAUCUGGGAGUGGGCGCACGUGGAUCUGGCAUUGUUCCACACGGGCACCCCGCCGCUCCUGCCACCCGCCUCCCUGGGCUCCCAAGAUAGCCACGGCUGCAUCCUCCAGCUUCUUCCUCUCUUCCCACGGGAACUCAGGGCACGGCGGCGCCGGAGCCUAUCAGGAGAACACAGGCAGCAACCCCCCAGCCCCCGCCUGCCCCACAUGGAAGACAUCAGCCUCAGGCUUCCGCUUGGCCACCGUCCCUGCGGAGCUGGGCACCUGUGCGCAGGGGGAGAGGAAAGGUGCAGUAAGACCUGCACCCUGUACCAGCUGUCUGCCCGCCCUGCCAGGUCUCGCGCAACCCCCCUACUGUCGGAGACUCAGGGUGGAAAGUGCCAUCAGCUCCUUGGGUGAUCUUGAGCAAGUCAGUUCUCUCUAGAAACCUGCAACAACAGGAUCGGCCCAUUCAAAUAGUCGUCCAGCCACCUACCUUCUGUCCCUCACAGCCUCCGCUUCUGCCAGCACAUGGCGUCCAGGAGCUGCGACCAUCCUGGCCUCCUUUAAGAACUGACAUGAUCGACCCCCUGCCCACGCAGGAUGGCUUCUCAAAACCGGUCCACAGAUGGCCUUGUGAGCAACAGGCAAACCCCUGAGCCUGGAACCUCCUGGGAGCUCUGGGGUCGGGGAGCCAGGACUGUUUGAACAAGUGCCCCAGGUGAUUCUAAUGUCCACCAGAGACCGAGCUGCCCCGUGCUGCAGUGAGCCUCGGAGUCCGUGUUGCCUAAGAUGGGAUAAUGGCUUCAGGUGGCACCUGCCCUGCCCGCCAUCUCCUGCCUCAGCCCCCCUUGCCCAGUGAGGGGGCAUCAACUAAACCUGAGCUUCUCAGAAGUCAGGCUGCCCAGGGAGGAGACUGAAACCCACCCCAGCUGGGUUCCCCAAGGCCCUGCCGUCCCAUGGGGAAUGAACCAAGGACCUGUUGUUCUGGAAGAAUCCAAGGCCUUGUGGACAAAUGAUGGUCUAAGGGAAAAGUCAGCAAACUACAGCCUAUAGGCCGCAUCUGCCUACGGCCUGUUUUUGUAAAUAAAGUUUUAUUGGAACACA